AGUUUGAGGGGGAGGAAGGAAGGGACUUUUCACACGUGCCUAUGAUCUCUUAGACAUUAUUGACUGCAGGAGGAGAAGCUUCCUUUUGUUUCUUUAGAAAUAGGAGAUUGAGAAUUUUCAAUUUAGAAAGGUGAGAAGAGAGAGAUAGAGAGAGAUUCUCCUUUCUUCUUCCUUUUUUCUUCUCAGUAUCUACACAACCCAAUUGCAUCAAUGGAAAUCUCAUCAGCCGGAUGGUUUUCCGAAAUGGGAAUAGAAGAACCCACAUUCAUCCAUCAGUCAGACAUGAAUUCUCUAGAUCAUCUUACAACACAACAACUAGCAAAUGCACUUGGAGAGAACUUCCACCCCUCAUUCUCUUCAGAAAGCUAUCAAUCCUACCCACCCUUCACCCCACGAAACAACACCACCUUCAGCUGUUCUUCAAUGGAGGCUUCUCAGGCAGGCCCUGAUAGGCCCAUGAAGCAGCUAAGGACCAACAGCUGGAAUUCCCGCACGACCGCUGACCAACACGUAUCAACCCCAGAGGCUUCUCCUCCUCCCAACCUACUUUCCUUCUGCAAUCAGGGCUCACCCAGCAAUCAUCAACAGAUGUAUGGCAAUCUUGUAAGCGGGCCACAGGUGAAGCCGAAGGAUGAGACGGCAUCUCCAAGAACUUCGACGGUCCCCACUGAUAUCUUGAUUUCACAAGGUUCAUUCCUAAAUCAAAGCUACGGAUCCAUUGCCAGCCAGGGACAGAAGAGGGUGAGCAUUGGAGCAGCUAAGCCACCUUCACAUACUCAAGAUCACAUAAUAGCGGAGAGGAAGCGUAGAGAGAAGCUUAGCCAACGAUUCAUUGCUCUAUCGGCAAUUGUUCCUGGCCUAAAGAAGAUGGACAAAGCUUCUGUUCUUGGAGAUGCGAUCAAGUACGUGAAACAGCUGCAAGAUCGAUUGAAGACAUUGGAGGAUCAAACCGUGAAGAAGACGGUGGAGUCGGUUGUCUUCGUCAAGAAAUCCCAGCUCUCCGGCGACGAUGACCUCUCUUCGUCUGAUGAGAACUUUGAAGGGCUGGCCGAUGAGCCGCUCCCGGAGAUUGAAGCGAGGGUGUCUGACAAGAACAUACUCAUAAGAAUCCACUGCGAGAAACGGAAAGGGACGCUCGUGAAUACGCUUGCAGAGAUUGAGAAGCUCCACCUUUCCGUCGUUAAUACGUGCGUCAUGCCGUUUGUGAAUUCUGCUCUCGAUAUAACGGUGAUUGCUCAGAUGGAGGAAGAUUACUGCAUGACGACAAAGGAUCUCGUGAGGAAUCUUCGCUCUGCUUUCAGCAAAUUCAUGUGAAAAAACAAAAAUCAACACACGUGUUCUUGGAUAGAAGAAAAACAAGGUGGUAGUUUUUCUUCGCUAACUCUCUCUCUCUCUCUCUCUCUCUCUCUCUAGCUUCCAGAGACUAGGAAUAAUGGUUGGUAGAUUUAAUUUACAGUUUUUAUAAAUAUAUAUGUAUUUCUUUUCUUUUUCUUUUUUUUCCUCAUUUCUGUAAAACCAAAUCCUGAAAAUCUCAUUCUCUUCUAAGACAGCCAUUAUCUCCUGUUUGCUACAUGGAUCAUCUCUGUCUUUUUGCAGGGUUUUUUGUCUUUUUUGCAUGGUUGACUUUGACCAUGUUCUUCUUUUACCACCCUAUUUCUAUGAAUGGUGAUCAAAACCAGUGGCUGUUUCUCUCAUUUUUUGGGUGUUUUGAUUGUUGAAAAAAAAAUAUACAUUUUUUUUGUCUUUUUCUUCCUUGAUAGAGAAAAGU